AUGAUUCCCCGACCAGCCGCGCGCCUCACACGCCUCUUGCGCUCGUCCAGUCUUCCCGGUGCGUCAACGUACUCACCCGAGUUGCUAGCAGCAUGGCAUGCGCGCUCAGCCGCGUCAACGUCGCGCUGGAAGCAACGACAGGGGCGCGAUUCGUUUGCCAGGGAUGCAAAGGUGCAGGGGCUGAAAAGCCGGGCCGCGUUUAAGCUGCUGGAGAUGGAUGCCAAGUACAGAAUCUUUAAGGGGAACGGGCAGACAGUAGUUGAUUUGGGCUACGCUCCAGGGAGUUGGUCUCAGGUUGCAAUGGAGAGAACGCGCCCUCAUGGCCGUGUCAUCGGUAUCGAUCUCAUCCCGGCCCAGCCUCCACGCGGCGUCACCACCUUCCAGGGAGACUUCCUCUCUCCCAACGUGCAGGCCAUGGUCAAGGCCUUCAUCGUCGAUUCAUAUCAACGCCAGCCGUUUCCACCAGACGACCAAGACUCUGAAAAUUCGUCGGACGAUGUCGACGGAGAAGACGUUGAUCGGCCCAGCUACAUUGAUAUGGAGCGUCAUGCCGUCGUCUUGAGUGACAUGUCAGCACCCUGGGAGCAAACAUCUGGUUUCAAUGUGAACACCUUGAGUAAUCCCUAUCAUAGGCUCAUGAACACGAGUGGCAAUACCUUCCGGGACCACGCUGGUAGCAUGGAUCUUUGCGCUGCGGCCCUGCAAUUUGCGAGCGACACUCUGAAAGCUGGCGGGCACUUUGUUUGCAAAUUCUAUCAGGGAUCCGAGGACAAACUUCUGGAGAAGAAGUUGAAAUCCAUGUUCGCCAAGGUGUAUAGAGAGAAACCUGAGGUGUAUGUCACGAACAUCGUUCCAAUCAUGACGGCAGCAGUGCGCGAGAAUUUCUUUGUAGAAUUUUGUGAUACCUAG